AUGCGGGGCCUGUCAAUCUUAGCAGCCGCAUGCACCUUGUCGUGUGCAGCUGCCCAGACCUUUCAACGGCUGGGUGGUUGUCCCGAUCUGGGCUGCGUGUUUCCACCGGAUCAGGCGGACUUCCUUCCAGGCCAAUUCUUUGAUAUCCGCCUCGAAGUCCACUCUCCUGUCAAUGGCUCAGAGGCACGUGUUGGCGUUCCAGACUCAGACUUCAAAUUCACCAUUACCAAGAAGGGCAGCCACUCCGUCUCUGCUGCCAAAUACUUCAAGAUCAAGGAACCCGAGCUUGAAAGGUGGAACUUCACCUGGUAUGAGGACCUUUUCGCCCAGGAUGCAAACAAACCUUCGCUUGUCAAUGUCACGGCCAAGGCCUACCGAAGAGUCGCUCUUUACGAGCCAGGAGAGUACGAGGCGACGCUGACUUACUACGGCCACGAAAAGACCGUGGCGAACUGGCACGUCCGCGAUCUGCCGACGAAGAGACGCGCGAAGAAUGUCGUUCUAUUCGUCGGCGAUGGAAUGACUACCAACAUGAUCACCGCAGCUCGUCUCAUGGCCCACCGGAGUAUCAAUGGCAAAUACAUGACCAAGAUGGCCUUGGACAAGUUCCCAAUUCUGGGCCACCAGAUGACACACUCUAUGGACUCGUUCAUCACUGAUUCCGCCAACUCUGCAACGGCUCUUUACUCGGGCCACAAGACAACCGUCAAUGCAUUGAACGUGUAUGUCGACUCUUCCGAGGAUCCCUUCGAUGAUCCGAAGUUCGAAAAUAUCGCCGAGGUUUUCCGCCGCCGGUAUCCCGAUAGUGGUGUUGGUAUUGUAUCCACUGCUUUCCUGGCCGAUGCGACUCCCGCAGGCCUGGCGGCGCACACCAGUGACCGUGGCGAAUAUGAUCAUGUUAUCAGCGCUUAUUAUGAGGGUCUUACCGACUACAAGUGGACGAAGUGGAACGGUCCGGAUGUUCUGCUCGGUGCCGGUGCUGAGAAUUUUCUCACAAGUGAAGACAGCCCUCGCGAUUACUACAACCUCUUCUCCGAGAAGGGAUACAAUGUAGCAUGGAACAACACCGCUUUGCACAAUGCUCCGAAUGACGAGAAACUUCUGGGUGUCUUCCAGACGUCAAAUCUGGAAACUUGGCUAGACCGCAACGUUUACCAGGGUAACCUUGUCAACCAGAGCAAUUACCCUGAUGGCUCGGGCCGGGAUGCCGAUGACCUCCCCGGACUCAAGGACAUGACUUUGAAGGCUAUUGAUGUGUUGCACGAGCGUCACGGUGAUGAUGGAUUCUUCCUUAUGUCGGAAGCCGCCAGCAUCGAUAAGCAAAUGCACACCCUCGACUACGAUCGAUCGCUUGGUGAGCUGCUGGAGCUUGAUGAUACUGUCCGUGCCACAAUUGAGAAGCUCAAGAGUCUCGGUGAACUAGAGGAUACGCUGAUCAUCGUCACCGCCGACCACGGACACGGUUUCGACGUCACUGGCUCUGUUGAUACUGAUUACAUGGAUGCGCAGGAGGACGAUCGCAGCAAGCGUAACGCCGUGGGUUACUACCACAACUCGGGCCUGUCGCAGUAUACCGUUGGCGGUCCCAAGUCCCUGCGAUACUCCGAGGGCGUCCACUUCCCUGCUCGAUGGGAUCCUCGGUAUACACUACACGCUGGCGUGGUUGCAUUCCCUGAUCACCGGGAGAACUACCAGGUGCACAGCGAGGGCCCACGCACCCCUGCCAUCGCGGCAAAGGACAAGAAGAACGGUUACUACGUCAACUACAAAGAUGCUGUCACCGGUUUCUUGAUUAAUGGCACUCUUCCUGUCGCUGCUGACCAGGGUGUCCACUCCUUGACAGACGUACCGGUCUUUGCACAGGGUCCUUGCCAGGAACUGUUCGGAGGCGUGUAUAACUCGAUUGAUAUUUUCUUCAAUAUGGCGGAAUGCUUGGGGCUGGCAGAGACUAAGGGCAAGGGGCACAGUGGACACUAG